CUAGAAAACACCAACAAGGCAAAGAACGUUACGUUCCCAUCAUUCUGAUUUUUUUUUUCUUUCUUCUUCUAUAGUUCCCACUUCCCCCUUCUCCUUCCUUUCCACCCACCCUCCCUGACGACACGGAGACCGUUCGGUCAGUCCUCCUUCGCCCCUUUCCCUGUUUGGUUGCCGAGAAAAUUUUCAGAAAAUGGAAGAGAGCGAUUCCUACACUAAGCAUGGAAGCAAAUUUAAUCACUCACGACAUCCGCAUUUUUCAUACUAAGUUAGGCUCUCGCUGAUUUUCUUUCACUCAGUAAAGGUAAAGCCUGAAAUUACUUGCAGGUGGUAGGGAUACAAUGUCGGCGGUGGUUCCGGACUUCCUCGGCUCUGUGGCGAAGCUGGACGAGCUCGAUAAGUUGGACAUGCGGCCGAGGCUGCUGGUGAACAUUGACCGGCAGCGAUCUUGCGACGAGAGGUCGCUGAGCGAGCUCACCAACGGCCAUGCCGCGGAUGCGCUGCACUCGCCGCCGGGGACGGGGCGGAGGUCCGGCCUCGAUACUCCCGGGACGCAGUUCGCCGCCGGGAUCGAUUCGCAUCCUCACGUGCUGGAAGCGUGGGCCGCGCUGCGGCAUUCGUUGGUCUACUUCAGGGGACAGCCGGUUGGGACGAUUGCUGCGUUGGAUAGCACCGAGGAGAAUCUCAACUACGAUCAGGUGUUUGUGCGAGAUUUCAUACCUAGUGGACUGGCAUUUCUGAUGAAUGGGGAGCCAGAGAUUGUCAAGAACUUCAUUCUGAAGACCCUACGCCUGCAAUCCUGGGAGAAAAAGAUCGAUAGGUUCCAGCUUGGGGAAGGAGUCAUGCCAGCCAGUUUCAAGGUGCUGCAUGAUCCGGUAAGGAACUCUGAGACUCUGAUGGCCGAUUUCGGGGAGACUGCAAUUGGCAGGGUGGCUCCUGUUGAUUCUGGAUUCUGGUGGAUCAUACUGCUAAGGGCGUACACUAGGUCCACUGGAGAUACCUCAUUGGCUGAACUACCAGAAUGCCAAAAGGGAAUGCGGCUUAUUCUGAGCUUGUGCCUUUCAGAGGGUUUCGACACGUUCCCUACUCUUCUUUGUGCUGAUGGAUGCUGCAUGAUUGAUCGCAGAAUGGGUGUUUACGGGUAUCCAAUUGAGAUUCAAGUGCUUUUCUUCAUGGCAUUAAGAUGUGCUUUGGUGUUACUGAAACACGAUGAGGAAGGAAAGGAGUUUAUGGAACGAAUUGUCAAACGCCUUCACGCCUUGAGCUACCACAUGAGGAGUUAUUUUUGGCUUGACCUCAAGCAACUCAAUGACAUAUAUCGAUACAAAACAGAGGAGUACUCCCAUACUGCAGUCAAUAAGUUCAAUGUGAUACCUGACUCCCUACCGGAAUGGAUAUUCGAUUUUAUGCCUAGUCGUGGUGGUUACUUCAUCGGAAAUGUCAGCCCUGCAAGGAUGGACUUUCGUUGGUUUUGCUUGGGAAAUUGUGUGGCCAUUCUGUCAUCCCUAGCCACCCCUGAACAGUCUAUGGCAAUCAUGGAUCUCAUCGAAGCACGAUGGGAGGAGUUGGUCGGUGAAAUGCCCCUCAAGGUAUGCUAUCCUGCCAUAGAAAGCCAUGAAUGGAAGAUCGUAACAGGUUGUGAUCCGAAAAACACAAGAUGGAGUUACCACAAUGGAGGAUCCUGGCCAGUACUACUGUGGCUACUCACAGCUGCAUCCAUCAAGACAGGGCGUCCACAGAUUGCAAGGCGCGCAGUGGAGCUUGCUGAAUCCAGGCUGAUAAAGGACGGCUGGCCUGAGUACUACGACGGGAAGCUUGGGAGAUACGUGGGGAAGCAGGCGCGCAAGAACCAGACCUGGUCAGUUGCGGGGUACUUGGUGGCGAAGAUGAUGCUGGAAGACCCAUCUCACUUAGGUAUGGUGGCACUCGAGGAGGACAAACAUGUGAAGCCUGUAAUGAAGAGAUCAAACUCCUGGACUUGCUGAGGCCAGCAUGGGUUAUGAUCCAAUCUUAGGGUAAGCACAUGCAUCUUGAGCAUCGGACUGAAGAUCGUCGUGUAGAGAUGUGCAAAGCUAGAGUCUAACUCAUUCUGUUGUUUAGGCAUUUUGACAAUUGUAAGUAGCAAUUACUUUCCAACUGGAUGAGAUACCAUUGAGAUAGCUGUAGCGUAGCUAUCCUCCUUCCUUCCUUCCUUUCAGAUCCAGGCUAUGUUUUGUUGUUCAGUGCCUUAGUUGUCCGUGCUAUGGUGGAACUGUUUACAUGUGAUGAUCCUGCAGGGGAAAGAAUGUUUUGUUGUCUGAAUUUGCGAUGUUGGAAUUUUACUUGGGAGAGUUUUAGCGGCAUUAACGCUUUCGUACAGGAGGGCCGAAUUUGCGGUGUUGGAUCGCUCACUUUUUGGUUACAAAAGGACACAUGGUUGGCCGAGUCCACGGGCAGUCCUUCCACCUUCACUGUAAUGAUUUCUGUUCUCAUUUGUCUGUUUCCCUCUUUUCGUUUAUUUUGUUUGUUUGCCUUGAGUGUCUGCUUCUUGUUCUUCCACUGAAUGCUGGUUCAGUCUUUUUGGUUCCAAUAACAAUUCCUUUCUGCUUAAUGCUUAUCACUAGGGAUGGCAGGGUUGGGUGGAUAGUUCAUAUCCAUUACUCUAUUUACGCGUUUUAUUCAUACUCAUACCCACAUGAGAAACGGGGUAGAAAAUCAAAAUUAUGUUCAUACCCGUUCGGGUUUCGGGUGUCUACGGUUAUCCAUGAGUUAAUAAUUUCUUUUUAUAACUUCAACCAAUAUGUUAACAUUCACAUGUAUUCUCACGUUACGUAAGAGGAAAAAUACGACUAAUUCAUUAGAAUGAAGAAAAUUAACUAAAAUAACGCAAUUUCAUGAUAAUAUUAUAUUUAUAUGCUAAAUAUAAAAUAUUUUAGAGAAAAAUAAUGAUUAUUAUAGACAAAAUAUAUAUGUAUGUGUAUAAUCGGGUGGGUUCGGGUUGGAUAGUGAGAAACCCAUGCUCAUACAUUACCCACAAUAUUCGGGUUCGAAUUUUACUCGUACCAACUAAAUGUCGUUCAGGUUCGGAUUUUACCCUACCCGAUUAGGCCGGAUUCGGGCGGAUAUACACGGUUACGGAUAUUUUUGCCAUCCCUCCUUAUCACCAAAUUUUGUGGUAAAAUUACAUUUCAGUACCUGUAUAAUUUUUUAUUUGCAUUACAAUACAUGAAUGUUUAAAGUUUUACAAACAUGCCUUAUCUCAUUUUAUGAGAAUUUUCAAAUCACAUUUGAAAUUCACAAGUAAUACACGUAUUUGAUAGUCACUCCAUGUAAUUAGUACAAAUAAAUUCAAAUAUCAUAUCUACUUAGUAUCCAAACAAAUAACUUUAUGUUUGAAAUCCUAUAUUCAAAUUCGAGGAUUAGAGCAUGUGGCUAUGAACCACAAAUCCACAAUGUGGGGGGUUCGAAUCUCUUCUCACCCACAACCGGUCAGAAAUUGAAAGUCGAGCAGGAGUUGAGCUUGAGCAUUCUGUAACUGCGUUGCACAUAUCUAAUGAUCUAUUUGUUUGGUUUGUCACCAUUGUUUGAAUUCGGCAGAUUCCCAAGUGUUACGCAUUCGUUCGUCACUUUGUUCUCAACUAUUUUCACAAAAUUCAUAUCCUCCUAUCCAAGAGCAUCCUAAAUGCAAGUCCAAUAUCCAUCCCAAUCUUUGAUUAGUUUUGUUUUCUUACAAAAAUAUUUUUUUUAUGGAUAUUGUUCUUACAAUAAUCUUUGAUGAGUUUG